AUGCCCUGCGAGGUGCUCCGGGUGGUUGAGCGCCUCGGUGGCGCACAAACGACGGUAGACCGCGUCGACCUCGCGACCGGCCACGCCAUCCCCUUCUACGUCCUCCACGGCAACAAGGAUAACAGGACGGUCUCUGUAGUGCGCGCAGACCCUCGCGCGCAAGCGUCGGGCGAGGCGCUGGGGACGGCCAAGUACCACUCCAUCUCGUCAAAGAUCGACGUCGUCCUCCGUGGGGUGCCGUUCAAGAUGAAGACCAACACACUGGGCAGCGCCCACAGCUUCGAGCACCACGGCCGGACUUACAGCUGGAGCGUCUCGAAUUUGAGUUUGACCAUGAGCGCAUUGUACUUCAAGGACGCUGGAGGCAACUUGCUGGCGAGGUGGAAGAAGCACCCCGAUGGCAUGAUGAGCGGGUCGGCGCCGACAUUUGAGGUGUUUGUGCCGCCGCAGAGUAUCGACAUGGACAUGGUCAUCGUCACAGGUCUGGCGGCAAUCGAGUACUGGACCGAGUACAAGAAGCACUCAUAUGAGGCAUUAGCUGAUGUUUUUGGCGCGAGUAUGGGUGCAGAGGGUUGA